UGAGGUUUAGGUCCUGCGACGCUCAAAGCACUAAGUAAGCAGGUUAGCUCUCACCUCCACACUCUCACUCUUGGGCUUAUCCCAUGCAGCAGUAUAUAUUAUAAGAAUGCUGUCCUGCUUCUAGCACUCGUUGAGCAGCAUUACUCUUACUGCUUGCCCUCCAGGACGUGGUCGAUUUGUUUUCGCAUCCCAGCAAUGAAUCGCGGCACAUGAAAAUGAAUUGCCUCAGCAAGAACAUCACCACGUUACUGUUCCUCUUGCUGGAACUCCUACAACUAGCUUGUAGUUCAUCUUGCGUAUCCAAGAACUUGGGUAUUCGGGUCUAUGACGACGCCCCUCUACGUCCGAUCGCGCACACACAGAACCUUUUCGUCCACGAAACUUCUGGCGCAAUUAUCGCGAAAAGCCUGACAGUUGCAGACUUAGCGAUCGCUGAUGAUUUUACUAAGGCUUUCGCAAUUAUUGGCGGUCAACUAGAUUUACUUAGAUUGUUCAAGUUCGCUCUGUUACCUCAAGUAGUGCAUACUGUCAAUUAGAUUUACUUCGAUCUCUCUUCAUGUUCAUACAUACAUAUUAUUUAUUUUGAUAUAUUUUUUAUCUAGUUUAAGUAUACAUAGCACUUUCUUUACUCCAAUCAAAUCUUGUAGGACAACCCACUAACAACCACCAUAGGGAACGAAGUCCAAAAAUGACCUCGUGCCCCGUCUCUAGCUGUCUACACGACAGCUACCACUGAAGACUAUUAACUUGGCUCUUGUGUUAUAUUUUUUUGUCCAAAGAAACUGAAAGAUCUUGGUCUUCUUCGGUUCAAAACAAUAUUUUGAUACAUUUACUUUUUAGAUCUGCUCCUUAUUUCUUGAUGAAGAACACUGCAUAAUGAUCGGGCACUCUUCAGUUCCUCCUAGGCAUGAUGGAAAUUCACUUGCUGCUGGGAUCCAUCUUCAUCUUAGUGACUCCGCAUCUUCUAAUUCCUCACGUAGACGAAAUGGCACCCAGAGAGGCGUCCACAGUGGGUUUGCUUUCAAGGACGUGCCUGAAAAUUGGAAGACUAAAGCCAACGUGCACAUGGUCACUGAUGCAGCAAGCCUGAAACGGCAGAAGAGCAAAGAUGUUAUCGUGGACAGGGAGGAAGUGGAUUUACUGACAGAAAAUGGUGAAGAUGUUGGUACAAGUACAACUGCUUCUGAAAGUCAUUAUCGACAAAAGCACCUUCCUCCGCUGCCUCCGUUAAGGCUACCGCUGAAGCAUCCUCAGACCCAUAAAUGGCCUCUUUUUCAAGAAGAAAAGGGGCUCAAGGACGGGCUCAGGGAUGCGACGCGGUAGCUCUUCUAACUCCGAAUACAACGGCUGCAUCAGUAAAAAUGGAUCCGAAGUUGCGGUUUGUCCCGGUAAAAAACCCGCUAGGCUACUACGAGCUGAUAUCCUAUACUCCACCACCCGAAGAAGAAGCAGCUGAAAAUGAUUCGUAUGGCGGAUAACAAUACAGAUAGAUAAAUAGUGGAACUGUGAAUAAUGAUGAAGCUGAGUGAUAUCGCGAGAAAAAACGUUAUCAUUAUCGUUUUUUUGAAUUUCUCAGAAAAGCAUGACAUGGAGCACUGCGAUCCUGGGGCUUUUCGCCUUGCGAUGGGCAAGCCGGCCCUCCCUCCACAAGGUGCCGCAGCAGACGCUGCGCUCCUCCUCCCAUUGGCGCGGCCCUUCACUCAUGGCCGCGGGGCUUCAUGGUACCGCUAAGCUCAAAGGCCGCGGCCUCCGCUUACGCACGCCCAUGGGGCAGUGGCGUGGCCUGGCCCUGCAAACUUAUCCGCAAAAGUAGCACACCGCGGGAACCAAGCGCGGCGCACUCGGAAAGCAGCCCCGCUGGCAAUCGUUGGGGCGAUUCCUGGGGGCAAGCAAUAUGAAACGCCAAGCCGAUCGAAUGGAAGCCGCGACGCCACUUCGCUCAAGCUCCAAGGAGGUGAGGAGACGACCGAGAGCCGCAGACGCGCGAGCGGCUGAAGGGGUCAGUUGGAGGGGGUGUCUGAGGGGGGUCCUUGUUUUCAGGGACCCCAUUUGAUAAGACUUCUGGCGCCCGACAGAUAGGCGAUAAGGCUUCUGGCGCCCGACAGUCUUCGCCGAAGCCCAGAGACACACUCUAAAUUUUCAGAACCUCGAGGGGCAAGCGGGUGACAGGUGGGCGCCUUUUCUGCUUGCUCGUUAUCGCGUUUUUGGCGAGUGUUUGGAGGGGUCGGCGGAGGGGGGCGGCGGACCACCUCCGGCCCGGCUAGAGGACCGGAGCGGCCACAGCAGAAAGGAGGCGCCGAGGCGCUAGAGGUCGGAGGAGGUGGGGCGCCAGAGGUGGCGGAGCAGCCGCAAGCAGCAGGGCUGCAGGCCAUCCCCUGACACUCGGGCCCCAGAUUCGCGAGGGGACGAGGAAACAAGCUACACGCACGCGCGUCUGCCAUUGCUGGAAGCGCCUCCCGGAGAGCGCAGCACCACCCAGCAGCCAGAGCAGGACAGCAGCGCGUGCGGCGCCGCUGUUUUGUUGUCCGAGUCAUGGGAAGCGCAGCCCACCCACAGACGCGCCAAGAGGAAGCGGUGAACGCUGGCGCCCCUCCAUUCUUAUGCCCACGCGCACAGCGUCCCGCCAAUGCCUGGGAUUUGUUAUCCCAAUCUGAAAAAAUCAAAAAAACGAUAAUGAUAACACUUUUGCCUGCGAUAGAGUGAAGAUGAAGAGGUCUUGAUGAAAAUUAGUUCAAAGAGUUACUCUUUUGUCGGCUACUAGAACUAGAAGGAAAAGGGUGGAUGAAAAUGAAUUUCGUAAUCGUACUUCUGUUCAGGAGUUUUACAAGAUAGCCACUCGUCAUUUGGUACAGACACUGGUGGCGAACUUGUUCUCGCAAUGAUUGCCUCGUGCUCGUCUAGGUCUAUAACAUAGUUCAGACACAACCACCACAAUCUCCACGACCUCUCAAUCCACUCCCCUUCAUCCAAUCCCGCUCAAGAAGAGCCUGUUCAUCGAGAUUGGUGCGAACAGUCGAAACCUCCUGAUGGAUGAGAGCUACCACUGGCAACAUAGUCGAGAAAGUUUACGCUCCUCGUACUAGGAAAUACGCCGCCCUCCACCACGGUGGUGGCAGCACCAAAGAGGGAGUCAUCUUCUAGAGGAAGAAGGAAGCAAGUAGACAAGAAAACACUGCUAGUACUCAAACCCAGAUGAUUGCUCACGCUUCUAGGAACGGGAAGAUCUACUCGGCAUAAUUGUUAUCCAGAUGAUUGCUUCUAGGAUGAAGAUCGACGCAUUUUUUCCUCCUACCCCUCUAAAAAGUGCGUUCUUGGUUUCCUUCGAGCCUUUACUGGACAAAUGGGCACUUUUGCUCUCCCUGCACCGUGGAGGACACGACUCUCAAGGGCCUGGGCGUGUACAUGACCGAGCAUUAGCAUUUCCGUUGGCUGUGGGACCUUGUCGUGGGGAUCAUAGUCAAGAACAGUUCAAUAAAGCCACUACUUUUACUUCAUCUUCUACAAGAACAUCUUCUUCUUUUAAGGGUUGAAGCAUUUCAUUUUUACGAGCUUUCUCUACUUCCUUGAGAUUGCCACUAAAAAAUGAAAUGUUUCAACCUUUAACUCUUCCGUAUUUGACUAUGUGAGUUUCAACGUGAUGGAUUUAGAUGGGCUGAGUUCAAUGUUGCAACCGGCAGAAGUUCCCCGUCCAGACGACCAAGAUGACCUCCACGGCUCCCCAAGAGAGCGCCUUCGCGAAGUAAAGGAAGAGCGUCGUGUACCGUGCGUGUCUCUCGAAAGGGUUUUGACACAUUGGUUUCCCGAGUUCGACGAAGUAUCAGUCUUGAAAGUCGAUGCGCAAGGAGUCGACGUGGACGUAGUAAAAAGCGCAAGUAAAGAGACACUGCAGAAACGGGUGAUUAAGACUUUUAGAAUUUUCAUUUUGUUGUUGUUGUUGUUUAUCAUCAAAUGUCAGUUUGUGUCUGUGUUUAUGUAUCCUGAGCCCGAGCGGCUUCUUGAUCUUAGAAGAAGUAUCAAACGAUUCACCCAGGUUGUCAGGAUGAUGACCAAAGGCAAAGCCUUCUCUAAUAUGAAGAGGAUUGAACUCGAAGUCUUAUGCGACAACAGGCCGAUGAUGUACGAGGGCAGUGGCAGCAUAAGUUGCAGUAAUGCAGUGGCGGAGUUCGCUGAACUUGGUUUUGUGCCGAAGGAGGAGAACAUCUGCGCACGAUUUUCUGGUUGUAAAGGAGACGAGAUGCCUUUGGUAUUGUUGAAUACGAAUCAGAAUCCGAUGAAUCUAGAUUUAAGAGGCUACCGCUGAAGCAUCCUCAGCAACAUCCUUGGCUACUUUUUUCAAGGGGAAAAAGGGCACAGGGAUGGGCUCAAGGGUGCGACGUGGUGGCUCUAAUGGGUGAGACAACUACAACUUCACUGCUAGUGGACAAAGGUGCUGAUGGAGGAAAGUCUAUGGGCAGUGUGAGCAGCACGACUACGAACAGGGAUCACGAUCAUGAGCAACGUGAUGAUAGUCUGCGCGCAGAUUUGCAACUCACGACAGGGAGGCAUAGUAGAGACCCUAGUUCGCAAGAUUCGUUUCUUAUCAACAUUGGCGUACCCAGAAAUUUGAAUUUUCCUGGUGCUGGAGCUGGUUCUUCUGGCCAUCUUGCAAUUGACACAGCGACGGUCGCCGCUGCGACAACCAAACAUCAACAAACGCUAACUCUCGAACCUAAUCUCCGAAGAUAUGCAUUGGCGAUGGGUGAGGAUGUCACGGCGGAUACCUACAAUCAGCUGGGGGAGGCUGGACGAGGGAGUAAAAAAUGGAUCGUGCCUUUGGUUAAGGGUUGGAAGUUGGCCUAUCAUCUAAGAGCAUCUCUAUGGCUUCUUCAAGGGGGAAAGCCAUAGAUAUGCGCGCUAGAGAUGCCGACUCUCAACCUCUAAUUUGGGGUUUUGUUCCGAAGCUAAUCCUAAUGCUCAAGCAUGCAUAUCAGCAGAUCACUUCUUUACUGGAUUUCUUUCAACGUUUUUUGGUCUGUCAAGGAGGAAAGCGUCCUUAUCGUUUACGGUGAGCAUCGAUUUCUUCCGGUUUUCGCAUUUUCUAGGGGAUAUCUUUGCCGCUGCAAAAACUUUUCUUGAACAAGGUCAAGCUCACGAAGUGCGAGAUGAUGAGAAACAGAAGAGGCAUAGUCUGCGACUAAUCCUGACUCACGUCCCAUGUGAUCACGUAAGCGCAACACCUUUGACCGCGUGUGAAAGGAUUCGUGCAGCGUUGAAGAAGCGCUUCAACAUCGAGGAGAGUGCAGGAACAUGGUCCGCUGAGACUCUUUCGAUGCGAGAAGUCGAAAGUCUCAGCGGACCAUGUUCUACGUCUACUAGUGCCGACAUUGCUGCAGAUGUUGAAAGCACUAGAAGUAUUGUUAAGGCUCAGCUUUCAAUGGUCGUUGGGGUUGGUCACUUAGAUCGCAGACGAAGAGGCGACCCCUUCUUGAGAGAACAGGGGAAAACGAGGGGAAAGGGGAGAGCUUUGAAGGGGGUCCCUUCCGUUCCGAGUCAGUGGCCACUGAAGGCUGAGCUUUAAUAUUGGCACUCCUACUUCUGAAAAAAGGACGCGUGCGUGUCAGAGCAGCU